GUUUUGGUUGAGGUCGCGAGUUAACCGAAAAGGAGAACAAAAGGUAGCCCAACCUACUCCUCCGAGGAUGUAGGUUUUAAUGAAGGAUGUUGCUGAAACUAUUACCGUUAAAUUAACACACUGCCUGUUUCCUCAACACUUCCGCCAUGUGAAGCACGGGACUCGUGUGGUCAGCUGGAUUGGUCCAUCGGUUAUCAGUCUGCACUGUUUCUCAAACAGCUAAGCUAGCUGUCGUAGUAGUACAGAAGCUACUUACUGUAACGUUACACCACAGCUGAAGAAGGAGAAGAAACCUCACAAUUCUGACUUGUAGGCCUAAAUUACACGUUAAGGCACCAAUUCCCCCCCCCCCCCGAGUGUCUCAUCUGAUGGAGCAGUGGUUGUCAGUCUUUGUGAAGAGGCACCAUGUUUCCUUGUCACGUAACUCCCUGGCCCUCUGCUGAGCCGCCGGCCCCCUGCGGUCAUGCACCCCCAGCACAGCCCUCACAACCCCUGCCUGAUCUGUUGUGCAGCUGUCCCGUUCCACCUUUGAACACCCACUCUGAGACGCCUUCCCCAGACCCCAUGGAGUCCCUCAUCGUGGUCACAGAGUACGAACCCAGCAGACCACCUGGAGAAGCUGGGGAGAAGGAGGUCGAAGAAAUGGACAGUUCUGAGACGCCCACGCAAGCUUCUUCUGUGGCGGCAUCUUUCCGGACUCCUUCCUGCGACCUGCUGUCCCACACAGUCGGCCAGUCGGAGGCUCUGCUACCCGAAAGCCAAGAGCAAAGGGGACGAUUAACCCUGUCAGACCGGAAACUAUCUCUGCAGGAGCGCUCACGAACUGCGACAUCACCCUGCAGCUCACCAGGACUCAACGGGCGCUAUAUUUACCCAUCAUUGCCCUACUCUCCCAUCACAUCACCCCACUCCUCUCCACGCUUGCCCCGCCGGCCUACGGUGGAGUCCCACAGUGUUUCCAUCACAGACCUCCAGGACUGUGUUCAACUCAACCAGUACAAGCUGAAAGAUGAGAUUGGAAAGGGCUCCUAUGGUGUUGUCAAGCUGGCUUACAAUGAGGAUGACAACACAUACUAUGCGAUGAAGGUGUUGUCCAAGAGGAGGCUGAUGAGGCAGGCAGGUUUCCCACGGAGACCUCCACCUCGUGGAGCCAAACCAGUCCCCGAGGGUCCCCCUCAGCUCAAAGGACCCCUGGAGCGGGUCUAUCAAGAGAUUGCCAUCCUGAAAAAGCUUGACCAUUCUAAUGUGGUGAAACUAGUAGAGGUUUUGGAUGACCCCAGCGAGGACCAUCUGUACAUGGUUUUUGAGCUGGUCAAUCAAGGGGCUGUGAUGGAGGUGCCGACAGAUAAACCUUUCAGUGAGGACCAGUCACGCUUUUAUUUCCAAGAUCUGCUCCGGGGAAUCGAGUAUUUACAUUACCAGAGGAUCAUCCACAGAGAUGUCAAGCCGUCUAACCUGUUGGUGGGAGAAGAUGGACACAUCAAGAUAGCAGACUUUGGAGUCAGUAACCAGUUUGAGGGGGCUGAUGCCCUCCUGACCAGCACAGUGGGAACACCUGCUUUCCUUGCCCCUGAAGCGCUCUCUGAGACCAGAAAGAACUUCUCUGGAAAGGCUUUGGAUGUUUGGGCCAUGGGAGUGACACUUUACUGCUUCGUCUUUGGAGUUUGUCCAUUUAUGGACGAGCGCAUCGUUAGUCUUCACCAGAAAAUCAAAACACAACCUGUGGAGUUACCUGAACGUGCUGACAUCUCAGAUGAUCUCAAAGAUUUGUUGCUGAAAAUGCUGGACAAGAAUCCAGAGACCAGAAUAUCAAUCCCACAGAUUAAGGUGCACCCAUGGGUGACGAGGCACGGCGCUGAGCCUCUUCCCCCGGAGGAUGACAACUGUUGUAUGCUGAUUGAGGUGACCGAGGAGGAGGUGGAGAAUUCUGUUAAACACAUCCCCAGCCUGGCUACAGUGAUCAUGGUGAGAACUAUGCUGAGGAAGCGCUCCUUUGGGAACCCCUUUGAUUGGGGCCGUAAAGAGGACCGCAGCAGUUUGUGUGCUCCAGGGCAAAAGCUCACGAAAGGCAGAGCAGGCAAUGUGAGAUACUGCUACAUUCAUUGUAACCAACGAAGGAAACAAGAGAGCGGUGAUGGCAUGAGAAGUAUGGACUUGCCCUACGUGGGAGAGGAUGAGGCUCUUUCCUGAUGCAGAGGGUUCAUUAUCCACGCUGGUAUCUGCCUGCCUCCAACCACACAGCACAAACCCCCCUUUACUCACAGUUUUAUACUGGCUGCCGACACCUGUGUACAUUCCCCGGGGUUAGGUGGACAAUCUGGCGGACGCAGAAAAAAAGAGAAACGAAGGAUCUAAGAACAACACUUUGAAAGCGUUCCGUUCUCUCCUCUUAAAAGGCUCAGUUUGGGGUUGUGGGACUUGAGACCGUCCCAUGGGAACCGUCCAUUAGAGGAUCCUCCUGAACCUUGAACCUGUCUUCAGCUCUUAUUGCCCAACCCACGCUCUUCCUCUUAUCCCGCAUGCAUUUAUAGUCCUAGCAUGCUUUGUCUCAGGCUUCAACUGUACAGUUUUGUGUUUUAUUGUAGUCUAGCCACUUGUGUUUCUCCUUGUCUUUACUUGACAAUUCUUUCAGGUAUACAGGGCAUGGGAACAGGAGUUGGUGAUGGUUUAUGGGGUUGGGAUGGUUGUCUUAACCAUCACCUUCGACAUUCUCUUUAGUAGAGCAGGUUUCUUGACGAUGAUUGUCUGGUUCACUCUGCUUCAGAGUAGCAGUACCCAGUUUUGUAACAUAUUUUAGAGUAAAGAAUCUGUACAGUUUUCCCAAAAUGAAAAAGCAGAGUGAAAAAAUGUUUACUUCAUUGAAUGCAUGUGUUUACUUUCCUAAUGCAAACACUCUAUAAGCUAUUUAUGAACAUUUGCACGCUCAUAGGCACACUUAACACAAUUUUUCUUUUAGUCGUAUCACUAGCUCCUAUUUACGUCAAUCAAUAGAAAGCUUUAAAACAGUUUCUACAGUGCUUUGUGAACAAUCAAAUUCCUCGUAACAGCAUACAAGAUUGCAUUGAAAAAUAAUGGAUUUUCUUCUCCGAAGCUAGUGCUUCUAGGGAAUCUUUGUAUGAUUUUUAGGUGUAUUCUUAAAUUCAUAGAGCUAUAACGAUAUAGCUAUAACUUAACGAGUUAAGUAACGAAGGUUCUGAUCUACCAAAUGCAUAUGAGAAAAGCAGAAUGUGUUGGUGCAAAAUUAUUCUGUCUGCAAUGGUUCAAAUUGUUGUUUUUAUUGUUUAAACUGCAAACAAGUUCUUUUAAGUUAUUUGGACAAACAAGGUUGUGUUGAGUUUCAACUGUCAUGUAUUUGUUUCACUUCUCAAAGUGGAUGCUUGUAUGUAGACUGAAAACAGAAAAUAAUGACCUCAAGUUAAAAUUGUAAAUGUUCUUGUUUUAUUUGUUUUGUAUUGUUAAGAAUCACUGGUGUUUUUUAAAAGCUCACAUUUUUAGGACACCAAAAACUUCAAUUAUGUCUAACUUUGUAAAGUAUAGUACAGUAACUUAAAAGUAAACAAACCUUUAAACUAUUUGUUCUUCACUAAGUUGUGAGAACUGGCUACCGAAGUCAGAUUCGGGAUGGAAGCAUAGUGCAGCUGCAGACUUUUUGUACAAAUCUAUGCAUGACAUAUUUGUAGAGUAUUGAACUUAAAAAGUUGUCAGCUUUGAUCGGAGGAGUAGGCCACUGCAAAUAUUUCAAAUUAAUUAUAAACUACUUUUUGUAUGUAUUGAUGUUUCACUUUAGAUGAUCCUAAAACAGAAAAUUAGCAUUUUUUCUUGUCUUUUUUUCCUUUUGUUUACCACCAUGUUUUCUAUUUCAUAUUUCGAUAUGUUAGUGUACGGCAUUUAAUGCAUCUCCAACAUAGAAUAUUGACACAAUAUUAAUUAUAACAGUUAAUGCUUCCACAUUACGUCAACACUAAUGUGUUGAAGGUAUAAUAAAGGGACUUUGGAUUUCUUUUUACUUACUACUUGCAUGUCACUCUAAACUGCCUGUUUUCUAAGACUAGUACUAUGCAUAUGAUGUGUCUUUCUCUGUAUGGUGCAGUGGUACGCCCUGGUACAUUGUCACGUACAGUGGCUGGAUGAGGAGGGCUGUAUGCAGUUGACUGAUUUUAAUUGAUUUUUGCUUACCCAACGUGUUUUCCAGAAAGAUCUAAUUAAAUUGUACUCCUCACUGUGGAGUGCUGCAAAUAGAGACAGGCACUCUGGCUAUAGAUUUCCAUAAAACUACUUGCACUGUACUUCUAAAAGAUAUAAGUCAAUGAUGAUAGCCAAUGAUCUUUUAAUGCCCAUGAUUUAGCCAGAGAAGUAAUUGCAGAAAUGCUUCCAAUUUGUGUUAUACUGUGAAAUGUUACCUCAUUAAAACACGCUUUCCACAUAGGGAUCAGAGAUAUUACAUUCUCAUAUACUGGAUGUUGCUUUUGUUAUCUAAGAUAAAGUUUUUAGCUUAAGAAAAACAAGACAGCAACUUCCCCUUUGGUGUGAAUAUUCUGCCCUCCACGACCAACAAGAAUGAACUGAAGGACAGUUUGGGUCUGACUGACAAGGGCAAGCCACAGAAAAGCUGUAAGAAUAUUUUAUACGUACAAUAUUUAAACUUGUAGUUUGUUUGAAUACAGUCGUUGCCCACUCAUGUCAGAAGGGCCCGGCUAAGUGAUUAACCUUUAUUGUUCACACGAUUCACACUCUGUAAAUUGAUUUCAUUAAGAUCUUUGGGAUGUUCUUUUUCCCUAAAUGCAUGCCAACAUACUGAACACCAAUGUAUUGUCAUAGCAUGUGAGGUCUUUGACAACAAAACGGGACCUUUAAAUUAAUUAUUCUAUACAAACUGUAUCUUGUUCAUCUUUGAAUAAAAUAUAAUUGCCUUUCUGCAAUGUU